AUGCCUCCCUCUCUUGCCGUGCUGCCAACCGUUGAGAGACUCAGUCCGAUUUGCAUUCGGAUCCUGGGAGGUAAUCCGGGCAAAUUCACACUACAGGGUACAAAUACGUAUCUCCUUGGCUCCGGUAAAAGGCGCAUCUUGCUUGACACCGGCGAAGGAAAACCAGCGUGGGCGGCGUCUCUACGAUCUGUCCUGGAGCAAGAGAAGGCCGAUAUUGACAUUGUCCUAUUGUCACAUUGGCACGGUGAUCAUGUUGGCGGUAUUGUGGAUGUCCAGGCUAUUGCAUCCAAGGCAAAGAUAUACAAAAACAACCCUGCCGUCGGACAGCAUGCGAUUCACGAUGGUCAAAUUUUUACUGCAGAAGGCGUAACACUGGUUGCCUCUCAUACUCCAGGGCAUACAUCAGACCACAUGGUAUUUCUUGUCAAAGAAGAAGACGCGAUGCUUACAGCGGACAACGUUCUCGGGCAUGGCACGGCCGUGUUUGAGAACCUGCGGGUAUACCUCCAAAGUCUGCAUAAAAUGCAAUGCUUAUUUCAAGGGCGGGCAUAUCCGGGUCAUGGUCCAGUGAUUAACGAUGGUCCAGGCAAAAUUGCCGAAUACAUUGAACAUCGUCGGCAACGUGAGGAGCAAGUGAUCCAGACCAUGCGAUCGUCACCGACAACAGCAACCUGGUUGGUGGGUGACAUUGUGAAGAUUAUAUAUCACGAUGUGCCAGUUGAGCUACAUCCAGCUGCUGCUCAAGGUAUCAUUCAAAUUUUGUCAAAGCUAACUGAGGAGGGGCGUGUACAAAAGGUUGACGCUGAAAGAUGGCAGUUGUCAAAUCGAGCAACGCUGUAG